AGUCUUGUCGGAACCUGCCUUUGAGGUUAGUCCACCGUUAGAACCACGCUCUUUCUUAUCACUACUCUCAAGUUCUGCUCGCUUUACGCGUUUGUGUUCGCGACUAUGUGAUCUGAAAUAACGUUUGUGUUUUCCACGAAUCCUUUUAAUAAACAUAGUAUCAAAGGAAUACAUUUGGGCGUGCAGGAUGUGAGUGAGAGAGUCGAGAUGAACGUGCUUUGCCUGAAGCUGAGGGCCCGCAGGACGUGGGUCCCCUCCCCACCACCCCCCAACAUCCCCACCACUAAGCCAGCGCCAGGGCUAGCCAACAGGAUGACCAUCUCUCGCCACAAACAAACAGAGAAUAUGUCUCCUCCUUUGCAAAUCACAGAGGACACUCCGCCGGACAUGUUGGCUGGCAGCAUGGACCUCUGCGUCGUGCUGCCCAACGGAAAAGACGUCCGUAUGAGUGUGGAGCGCAGUACACCAAUGAUGGACCUGCUUGUACAAGUAACGACUGCAAAUAAAAUUUCACCUGCUGGCCACGUUAUACAGGCUAUUGGAGAAAGGGGAGUGAUGCCUUAUAAGCCCAGUACUCCCAUAGGUGCCUUAGAUACGUGGACAAUUUACAUAGUGCCAAAGAACCAGGUCGGACAAAUAGCCGGUAGAAAGGGAUACUACAAAUCGGUUAACCAGCCUUUUGAACAGACUUUUAGGCUUCAGGUACAUCUACCAAGGAAUCAGCUGUAUGUUUCGCGGAUUAGUCCGAAAACUCGAGUCUCGGAAAUUCUUCGUCAAGUGUGCUCAGAAAAGAAUCUAGAUCCAUCGAAAUACUCGUUACGGCAUCCAGUGAACUUGGACCAGGUGCUGGCUGGCUCGUGCAGCCUGGCGGACUAUAAGCUGCAGGAAGUGGCGUUGGUGUCGAAUCGCAGCCGACCCGUCAGCGGGGUCUCCACCGUCGACAUCAUGGCUUUGCAGCAGCAGCGGCCAGUCCACGCCACCGCCAACCACCGCUCGUGCGAAGGAAGCCUGAGCAGCGGUAGUCUGGGAGGCCGCAGCCUGUCCCCAACAAGAUCGGACGAGUCUUCGGCGUCGCCCCCGCCCCUCGUCCCCCCGGUGCCCCACCGGCCCCUGCGCAAGCGGCGCCCCGCACCAAAGCCCCCCGUCAACAACAACAACAACCUCAACAACACUGUCAACAAUGUUGUCAACAAGAACAACAACAACAUCAACAGCAAUCCGGCAGUGGAGGCCAGCCAACCGAGCCAGGGUGCUACGGUCAUCUGCCACUCACGCAACAGCUCUGACAGCAGCGGCUAUCACGAGGCCUCCGUGCUCAGUGAGAGUCCUGAAAGCACUAACAAUAGCUUACCAGACUCUUUACCGAGAAGAAGUAAACUACCGAGCAACGAAAGCAACCUGGAGUCAACGAGCAACGUGAAAUCUGGCGGAGCUCUGUCGAGGUCUCUGUCCAACUUGACGACGGCCGUCAACUCGGCUGUGCCAAGGAGCAUCAAAACUCACAGCACGUCCUCCACAUCCCUCAUUGCCAUAGGUCGCAAGAAAAAGGCGGCUCCCGCUCCGCCCAUGGCCAGGCCAUUGAAAAUGUCGUCGGUGUCAGAGGAGCGGCAGAAGGACAUUAGUAGCCCACAGUCACCCCUAGAUGACACAUCCAGGAAGUCAUCCACCCUCCCAGCCACCCUCCGCUCCACACUCCACCCCCAGCACUCCGACGUUGGUAGCAGUAGCAGUAGUGUGUGCACCCCCGACACUGUAGACGACCUUCCCGCUCCGUCGCAUCUCUGUCCCUCUUUCGACCUGCUCCAAAACACACCCUCAGAGCUUCCCAAACCAAAACCUAGGACGAUCUUCGAGACGGCGGAUUGUGUGGAUGAUGGCGACGGCGACGACGCUGCCUCAUCAGUGCUCUCCUCUUCUUCCUCUGUAGACCUAGUUGGUGAUGGUUGCUCAGACUCUACUAAUUCCACUAUCUGUAGUCAAGUUGUAAAUAAACCAAAGCCUGUUAGAAGUAGGAAAAAACGUCCGGCACCUUUACCAAAGCCACGAUCUAGUCAAUCAGUUGUUGUUUCUACAUCGACUGAACCACUAAAUAAUGUUGUAAAUAAUCGGUUAGCAAUGGAUGAUGAUGUCUCAGAUAGUCAACAAACUAACAAAAUAGGUAAUUCACAAGAAACAGUGCGUGUGAAUGGGGUGGAUCCAAUUAUUAACUGUGAAUCUGUGGCCAAAACUGACACCCGUCACGAUAGUUUAGGAGAAAACAAAUCAACAUGUGAAAAAGAGGUUGGUAAAGUUGAUUCGGGAAACGUAGACGAUCCAGUCGAUGUUUGCAAGGAUUGUCUCAUUAGUGCUGUUGCUAACGAAUCAAUGAGUAGUGAAUGCCAGGAAGUGUUUCAAAUACAGGAGGAAGUGUGUCCUCCAGACAAAGUCAUUUCCGUUACUGCUUCGUCACUAUCAGUUCCAACCUCAUCGACGCCGAAUGUGAAAAAGGUGAAGAGUUCUUUGUCGGAGGAUGGUCUGGUGGAGAACAGUUCUCGAAACAGUGAGAUGCUGCCUGAUGAGAAGGGUCGCAACUUUUCGGUGGGCAACCUGAACGAAGUUGCCGACUUCCCCAAGACUCAGCUGGGACGCUGGCCGAAUGCAGAGUGCCUUCCGGAGUGUUCUUCCCUCGCAUGUGCCAAUACAGAAGCUGACACAGAAACGAAGACCGAAUCAAGCACUUCAGACCUGAGAAUGGAUGAUGAGGAAAUCGACAGGAUAUUCCAGAAUGCAAUGCGGGACCACACGAGUCUGGAGUCCGGGAUGGGCGAUGAGGAGGGAGUGGCGCUGACUCUGACUGAGGUGACUCUGCCGCCGCCGAGUCCGACUCAGAGGCCGUUCGAGUCAGGCCCCGAGUCGCUGGACUGGGAGUACCGACUGCCGGCUCCCCCCACCUUCCGCGACGAAACCUCCUCGCCAGUCAUGACCGUCUUCGACACAGUCACCAUCGGCAACCUCACCGACGUGUUUCGGCCUCCCGAGCCCGACCUAGUCAACGUUGACUCUCCCAAAGAUCACAAUCAAGACACUUCCAAACUAGUCAACAAACAUAAUAAGACUGUUCAAGAAAUCGUAGCUAACAAACUUAAUGAUAACAACGAAGAUAAAGUGGGAGGUCUUGUUAAUGAAAUCGUAGCUAACAAACUAAAUGAUAACAACCAAGAUAAAGUGGGGUGUUUGCUGGAACAAAGCGCCAAGCCUGAUUUGAUUAAGCAUGUUGAACAGGAGAAAGUUAGGAGUAAUGAUGUUAUACUAAAUGGUGACAUGGAGAACAAAGAGAAUCUGAGAGUCGUUCAAGAUAAAGUGCACGUUGAUAGAAGUGAGAAGAAAACAAAGGUUGAAGGAGAUAAUAUUUGUAGGUUGAUUGAUAAUUCACAGAAACCAAAACAGCCUGAUGUGAGGGGAAAUGUUUUGGAUAAUUUUGUGAUAAUGACCUACCAGGAAAGUGGUGGUAAGAAACCGGUAGAAGUGUUUGAAGACGAUUCAGUCACGUCAUCGGCAGCAGUCAACGAGAAGAAAAGCGAGACACGCGAGAACUCAGUGUUUCGGAUUCCGAAGUCGGUUCCGCGUCGCUUCGAGCCGCGACUCGCGAGGCGCUCGUCGUUCGGCAGCGAGGACAAGCGCUCCAAGGCGGGACCGGCGACGGUGAAGCGGUCCGCGUCGCACGUGUCUCUGCUCGCCGGCAACGUGGCACGUGGCCACCUCAGUCGCUCCAAUGGCGAACCCUACAUCCGCAACAUCAACAGCGAGCUCAAUAUUGCUCAAGGUGAUGAAGAGAAAUCAAAAUUGGCGGAUUGGAGAAAUUCCGGCUCAGUUGGACUACAAUCAUUACAGGUUCUUCGUAGUAUUCUGCCACAGUUGAACAAUUCUCAUGAUUCGAUUAACGCUGAUAAUGAUGAUUACAUCGAUAAUAGGAACCCAGAUAUUAGAGUUGCGUCAGAUUUGCAUGAUAAAUUUGAGCGUUCACACUCUGAGGAAGUGUCGUCGAGUGAGAGGUACGCUUUGCACGCAGCGCCCGCACCGGCGGUCAGCUUUGCCACGUGGAACGAGCGGCCAAAGCGUCAGGUCAGCAUCAAGACCGACCGCGACUACUGCUACGGAAUCAACAAACUCAAAUCGCAUGCAUUCGACCAGCGCGACACCACUGAACCGAAGCAAUCCGUUGUCAACUUCUCCUCAGACAUGAGACACAACGACCUGGACAAACCGGACAUCAUCAAGCACUCGUCAGCUGAUCUGUCUCAUGUGCCUGUGGUCAGGGCCGUCGAGCUGAAGAAGAAGCCCUACUUCUCAUCGUCUUGCGUCGAUGUCACCGAUCUGGGUCGUUGUGGGUUCUUUCACGGGCGUAGCUACGAGAAUCUCUCAUGCUUGGAUAAUUCUGCCACCUUUAGCAAAUCGAGCACAUUGAAACCAACUGCUGUCUCUUCGAAAGAAUCAUUCAAAUCUCAGCAGAGCGUUAGCACUGAGGAAGAAGCCUCCUCUUACAGCGGUGUCAAUUCGUUGCUGAGAAAGUUUGGUCAGCAGAAGCCAACGUCAACGAACCGACCUGUAUCUUGUUAUUUGUAUGGAAGUGGUGCAUAUAACAACAAUAAGUUAGAAGAAAAUAGUGUGCCCAGGCAAACUACUGGUAAUACAUCGAGGGUAAUGUUGAACUCUGACAAACGUUUCACGUCGGUUGUGGGCAUCAAUAACGAUGAGGCUGGAUCAAAUUCCGUCCCCAGAAAGGAGUUCACAUCCCAGUAUGAAAAGCCAACUAGUAGGGUGAUGGUGAAUGGAACUUCACAUAAUGAUGAUCGAUUUGUGAAUAAUAGCAAAGACGUGAAGAAUGCUGUAAACAGCUCGUUGGAAUUCAUCAAGGCGCAAUCGAAGAUCAGUUCGGGAGGAUUUGUUCUGGAGAGUCCGACACGUAAAAUUGAAACCGAUAUCCCUGUGGCGCAAUCCACUACUAGCCCUCCACCCACAGCUGUGCCGGCCAAAUCCAUUCUGAAGCCAUCGAAAGUGAACAAGCCUCAGUCGAGUGGAGGAAUUCCUCCGCCUCCACCAGUCAUGCCAACCUUGAAGCCAGUAGGCGAGCGCAGGCAGACGCGCACUCUGCCCCGAGUUGAAACCGAUCCCAGGGAUCAGUUGCUCGAAUCAAUCAGGAAUUUUGGUGGCUUGAAAAGUCUCAAGAAAAGUUCGUCAAAAUAAUCUAUAUAAUUUAUUAUCGCCAUAUUGAAUAAAUAAGUUGUAUCUUAAUAAGUUUGCAAUAUGAUAUUAUAUCACUUUUGAUUAAAUAUUUAUGAAUUAUAUUCUAAUCAAAUAAACUGUUGUAGGCAGUUUCUAAAUAUUUCCUACGUUUCCCCUCCAAUGGAAUACAUUAUUGAACAAAAAAUGCCUGGAUAAUAAAAAAUUAUAUUCGGAAAAAGCUGAACGUUACUUUUGAUAUUGAAAAUUUAUCUAUGAUUUAGAAAGUUUAAAAGUUUUAGAGUUGUUAGAAAUUAACUUGGAAUGUCUUUAUUAUCUACAAUUACUGAGGCGGCAUUAUUUCGAGAAAGAUGUUCAUAAAAAACGCAGGUAUCUUCGACCAGCAAGAAACUAUUAAUAUUUUCAAAUUAUAUUAUUUCAAGGAAAACUCUUUGAACUAUCAUGCCGCCGGACUGAGCUUCCACAUACUAAACGGGUGAAAAUGUAUAAUUUAUUCUUCCACUUUUUGGUCAAAAAGUGGUUAUUUUAUAAAAAUUCAUUACAAACCGUGAUACAUCUCUACAAUAAUGUUGAUGAGUUCAUGCUGACUUUUCAAAUGACAAGUACGAAAUACUGUAAAAAUACUAUUGUUAUAUCCUUAUUGGUAAUUAUAAUGGCCUAUGUUGAUAUAAUAUUUUUGUCAUUAAAACCUACAUCUCGUAUUACUCUAUUAUACCUAGUAAAUGAAGUCUGCUUAUGUUUCUACGAUAGUAGAGAUUGCAAAGAGAUCUGUGACCACUAGUCUCACUAGUUCCAAAAAUAUGACAGAUUCUUAUGACUAUCAAUAUUAAUAAUUUUAUCUUUAUAAUUUUCGUAAGACAAAUAUCUGAAUAAACUUGGAGAGUGCUCGCUGCACUGGGUUCAACUUUAAGGAACUCAUUAACUCAUUAUCUGAUACAGAAUUAAUUUUAUUCAUUAUUGACUCUCGGUUUUUCUUUAAAUCAAUUGUUUAAUACAAUAGCAAACUCAUAUUUAAUGCUGAUAAGAAAACGUUUGAUGUAAAUUGAAUUAAAAUUUGUUAUUAUCAAGUGUUACACAAGAAAUAAAAGGAUAAUCAAAUUUUGGCAAAUGUAACAUUUAUACCCGCGAUCAUGCAUUCUUGCAUGCUCAUAAAAGUAUUGCAUAAUUUUAUUGGUCGUUAUUUCAGAUUUGUUGAAAAAAUUAUCUGGGCAGCAGUGUUCAAGAGUUGAAACGGGCAAUUAAUUGAAAAAAAGUACGGUAGCAGUAUUGUUUACUAUAAACAAUUAAAUAGAAAAACUAUCCAUGCUUAUUACUUAUAAGGAAAUUUUUAAAAAGGAUUAUAACUAAAAACAGUAACGGUCACAGAUUCUUGAUUUCAUCCUUGACGUCAUCACACUUAUCUAGCUCAAUUCUUAAACCAAAACGAAAAUAUUUAAAACUGUAAAUAUUAGCUUCAAUAGAACUGAAUUAUAUGUUAUUAAAGUAUUUGUUAAAUUUAUUCACAUAAGUUGUAAUGUAGCCUACUAUUUGAACCUAUAUAUUUUGUAGAUAUAAAUGUAAAUUACAUAUAUUCUAAUAAUAAUAGAAAUACACAUGUGUAUUGUUGAAUGAAAAAUAGUUUUAUUAAUAAGCAAAAAAUAACAUGUAUUGAUGUAGUGUAAUCUAUGAAAAUGCUCAAUGAAAAUAGGGUUAAUGUUUGGGACAUUUUGAAGGAAUAUCAUCAUUAUUUAUUUUGAAUACAUACUCUGAACGGGUUGUGUCGGUGAGAGACUAUUAAUUUAUAUGCAUCACAAGAUAAUGGACUUUCAAUUUAAUAAGGCUUCAAGCGAAAUUAGCAUACAGUGUAUAAUAAGCUGUAAAUAAUGUAUAAUAUCGAGUUAUGUAUCUAUUACAAUAAACUGUUAACCAUUUAA